AUGCAGGAGGCUGAGCGGCUCGUGGCCUCGCUGCUCGCCGCGCGCGGGGAGGAGGAGCAGCGGCGGGAGUCUCGCAGGCGGCGGCGCAUCGACUGCAUCGUAGCAGGUAACCAGGAACGAACGCAGCGUUGCAAGGGCAUGCUGAGUGGUGUCCUGCAGCGCGGCGUCCAGACCGUGUCGCUGGCCGAGGGCGAGUUCCUGGGCUCCCUCGGGGAUGUAGGGAGGUGGUGGGACCUGAUCAGUGAACAUAUUCUAGAGGAAAAGCGGGAGUGCGAGGAGGCAGUGAAGCUGCAGAACCGGCUGAACUCCAUGUACCUCACGUCGAUGCAGCGGCGCGAGGAGAAGGAGCAGUCGGCCGUGGUUGGGACCGAUGAGCGUCGGCUGCGCGAGUUGGAGGAGUGGUGCGUGGAGGAAGAGCGCCGCGCGAGGGAGGAGGUGGUUGGCGACGUCAUGGACCGCAUUCUCUCAGCCGUUGAUGAGUGCAUCGGAUUCACUGAGAAACACGCGCUUGAGGGCGGCGUUUGGAACACGCUCCUCGGCGAUAUCGCGUUGAAUGCCUUCAUCCGAACCACCAACGCGACACCGCUGACGCAGGAAGAGCAUGCCCGCAUCGCCUUCAGGGAGAUCUUUCACUGCCACCCGUUCCAGAUCACAGGUGAGGCGUUUCUUUACCUUCUUUUUGCCAUGUACGACACACUGAAGCCGGGCGCUUCAUCAGUCAACUGCUUUGAUCUCUCGCGCAGGCCGCUGUUUUUGAUACAUGGGCCAAAGCUCAGCGGUAAGACGGUUGUGUCUCGUGAGGUCUCCGCGGCACUCUCGCUGUUGUCCCUCUCGGAUAGAGACUUGACAAAUAAGGCCCUGGAGGCGUACCGAAAUGAGCGCGAUGGUUUACCAACCCUUCUCACGGUGGAGGACAGCGAUGCCUUGCCGGUACUCUCAGCGUAUGAGGAGCGCAACGCGCAGGACGAGGAAGUUGCAUACCACAGCGAGUCACACCUUGAGCAGGUUGUUGACUCCUUCGUACGGCUUAGCCCAUGGGCUAAGGUGGGCAUGACUAUUGAGGCUGCCCUUUCCCGCGGUGAAGCAGUGGACCCGUGCCUCAUCGUGGAGCUGAUGCAACUGGAGAUGAACGACACCACUUUGGAGUGUGACGGCAUCCUGUUCGACGGAACAGUUGGAGGAUUAGAGCAGCUUCGUGUUCUGCAGCGUGCGAUUCCAAAGCAAGUCCACUUGUUUGAGGGGGUCUUGCGAGACUUCCCGCCCUGUAAGGAAGAGGUUUCCUUGUCGUCACCACUGCUGCAUGUGGCGCGGGAGAUGCGCUCUGAUGUUGGCAGUGUGAAGAACGAAGCCCGGCCAAGGCCACCGAAGAAAGGCGUUGACCUCAGCGCACUGCCGCCGCCAGUGCUGCCGGAGGUGACACGGCUUGAGUUGACAGACGAGGAAAAGGACGCAAUAACAUACUGGGAGCAACAUGGGCAUACCUACCCUCUCUUCUCAGCUGUGGUGCACAUUUACUGCAGGCCACACGAGAUUUUUUGUCGUUUCGCAGGACUUCGUGUUGAUAAAGAGACACGAGAACAUUACCACAUGGUGUUUAAUCCGCCGCCACCCGAGCGUAUGCCGUACGUGGUAAGCCUUGAUCGUGUGAAAACCUCCACGGCGCAGUUGCACCGCCUCUUGCUUAACCAGAACUGGCGCUGGGAGGCGAUGAGGCGCUGGCUGAAUCAUGAAGCGGGAUGUGUUGAAAACGUGCACGAAGUCAACGGAGAAGGCGCGUUGGAGAACAUUAUAGUCGACGUUCGAAACAUCCUUCAAGAGGCAGGCGACAAAUACAAGGCAGGCCUUCAGCGUUACGAUGCUGCAAUGGCCGCAAAAAAGAGGCAGGCAUACAUUGAUGCAAGCAUUGCCGAGCAGGAGGCUGCACGGGAGGCUGAACGAAAACGCCUUAUCGCCGUCUACGCGGAGUGUGGAGCACCGAUUCCGCCGGAAUUGGAGUCGCGGCCACGGUUGACGCCAUCCUACACAAUGCCAGAGGCUUUACCAGAGGCUUUCAUGCGAGUGUUUUCUGCCUUUAGGACCCAAUACGAGAGUGCAUACGGCUGGCUGGGAACAGCCGUGGAGAAACUUGCCAAUUUGAUGCUGGAGCACCGCUGCGCGGCGAUGGGCGCCUUUAAUCACUUCUGGAACCAACCGGAUGAAAAGCAGGAAAAGCUGGAUCAAUUCGUGGCCAGCUACAAUGCAGUACCGGCCGAGCUUCUGGGUCAGCCCUCGUGUAAGGAGGAGCUACAUCUGUUGGUGGAUCAGCUCCGGGAGGAGCUCUUCCGCACGCUGGAGGCAACCGCGAGAGAGGCCAGUGCAAAGAUUGAGCAAAUCACAAAAAAAGAGUCCUUCUAUGGGCCAUGGUGCGUGUCGGUGUGUAACCUUGGCGUUGCGAUGGUGCAAGUGGAACUGGAGCGGUUCUUGGUGUCGCUGAACCUGGCGGCGAUGUACUUCGCCGCCGUUGUGAAGCAGCCCUGCGUAUUUGUGGAGUUGGAGUCGGAGGUCAUUCUUGUGCGCUCCACCACCGAGGCCGCGGUGGAGCAGACCAAGGGGAAGGAGAAGAAGACGCAAGGCACCAAGAAGGCCCCGCAACCGGAUGAGGUGGUUGAAAAGACCCUUGAGGACACCUUUGUGGAGACCAUUGGGAAACUUUUGACGUCCAUGGAAAGCCUCGUGGAGAAGUUUUCUUCCGUCGCUGAGGCGCCCACGAAGGUGCGUGAGGGUGCGAAGGCGUCUUCCGUGACUGCAGAUGACGGCAGGACGGUGCUGAUUCUCAAGAGGUGUUUACCCUUCGCCGAAGGCGAGUUGUCCAAGGCGCAGGAGCGUAUCUCCUCUAUCCGGCAGUUCUUCCUGCAAAUCCAACGCGAAGGGGAGGCGUACUGCGCACGCAUGAAGGAUGACAUGGCCUCCCACACUCGGGAGAAGAAUUUCAGCCAGGCCUCGGCGGUCAACACGGCGAUUUACGUUAUUCGUAACGCCAUUGAAGAGGAGCGACCGCUGUCGUCUAUGCACUUGGGCCGUGACACGUUUCAUACCGUCCCUGCGGCACCAAAAACAACAACCACCCAAGCUCCCUGCUUGCCCCAUAAUCUGCAGAUAUUGGCAGCGGCAGAAGAGCCAAAGAUCCACGCAACUCUCUCCUCUUCACGAUUGGUGGAUAUCAUUGUGGCAUUCCGUUCCGUGGCGCCUGGAUAUGCGGUGGGCCGCACGGAGUUCUUUCACAUUGUGCGUCCCGGCGAUUACGCUGGUGCUAUUGUCAGGGACCUUGGGCGUCUGAAAACGCAGGGAGAGGUUUUUGCCGCGUUUGAUCCGCUUGACUGCGGAUUCAUCGACUGGAGAGAGUUUGUGCUUCAUCUGCUUUUAUGGUGUGCGCCGGCGCCGGAGGUGGCGUCAGACGCAGACGCAGACGCAGACGCAGACGCAGAAAAGAACUUUUACAUCACCGAGUGCUCCGUCGCACAACUGCUGGAGACCCGCGCCAACCUUGGCCUCGAGGCGGUCACCGAGGAGGACUUUUACGACGUUCCCUUCUUCUUUGAUAACUGCCUGGCGGACGACCGGUUGGAGGCCUACGUGCGUGCGCUGUGGAUGACGUUCUCAACGCCGGACGGACUGCUGGAUCCACUGCCGCUGUUGAUGUUUCUCUGCAUUGACCGACAACCCAUUCGCGGGGUGCAAAAGGCCUUCUACGUUCUCUCCCAGAAUGGGGACGGCACCCUGACGCCGGAGGAGUUGGACUUCGCCUUUCACGUGCAGGUGACAAACCCCCGUAACAUGUGUCUUUUAGAUGUAUUUUCGCCCGAAAACAUUGCAACGCUGUACGACGGUGAGCCCUCGCUGGCCUUUCAGUCUAUUAGCACCCGGGUCAUUGGGCGCACCAUGCUCAACAACACCGAGGCAUUUCACCGCAAGUGUUUUCUUCUCGAAGAGCCUCAAGUUGGGUGA